AUGUCCCUCUUCAGCUACGUAUACCUCAAGGUCGUCGUGACGAUCCUCCGAUUCCUACGAAAAUCCAGGGGAAAGGAGAUCGCAGUGCACCCCGACAGAAUCAUCCAGAUCCCCUCCCGAGAUAAAGGCCGCACGCUGACCACCCACGUCUACACGCCCAACAAGGACGAUAAGAAGCAGCCCAGUCCCGUCCUGAUCAAUUUCCAUGGCAGCGGAUUCGUCUUCCCCAUGCACGGAACAGACGACGAAUUCGCGCGUCGCAUCGGCCAGCAAUCCGGGUACAUCGUGCUCGAUGUGAGGUACCGACUGGCGCCCGAGAACCCCUUCCCCGCGGCACUGCACGACGUCGAAGACGCCGUCAACUGGGUACUCGACCAACCGGGGCGGUUCGACGUCUCUCGCGUCGCCAUCUCGGGAUUUAGCGCGGGGGGCAACUUGGCCCUCGCGGCCGCGUCGUGUGUCUUCCCACAACCGACUUUCUCCUCCCUUUUAGCCUUCUAUCCUCCAACGGAUAUCUCGCAGGAUCCCGAGACCAAGACUGCCCCUAGUGCGGGCGGGAAACCCAUCCCAGCGUUCAUGGCGAAGCUGUUUAACCGGUGUUACGGGGCCCCUCCGCUGGACCCGCGCGACCCGCGCAUCUCGCCUUCAUACGCCGAUCCCCAACGGUUUCCGCAUAGAGUGCUCAUCGUGACGGCUGGGUAUGACAAUCUUGCGCCCGAGGCGGAGGAGCUGGCGGGCAAGAUUGCAAAGGUGCCGGGGCGGGCUGUGGUCUGUCAGAGGAUGGAGGGCUGUAACCAUGGCUGGGACAAGACAGCGCAGAAGGGCACCCUGCAGGAAGAAGCGAAGGAGAGGAUGAUCUCUCUUGCCCUGGAGAUGCUAAAGUAG